GCCAGUCCUCCACACCCGCCGCCAUUCCCCCAUGAGCCCGUAGGUAUAUUCAAUUGAUGUGAGCAUUGAGUCACCAACUCACAUCAAUAGGCUCAGCCCACACAGCAUUACCAAGUUCAAGAUGUGCUUCCCCCGCCUCCGCCGCCCCCAGAGAGGCAUGAGUUCGAGACCUUUGCCAGACAUCUACAGGAUGCUGCCAUGUUGAUAUACCGACAAACCCAAAAGUCGCCCUAUACCAAGACCUCCGUUCUUAUUAUACGUUGGGAAGAAGAUGACGCCAUUGAACAUGACCUCGUCGCUCUCGACCAUGUCCUCCGCGAACGAUAUAAUUACCGCACCGAACGCUUCAGCAUACCGACUGUUCCCAACGCCAGCGUUAAGCUUGGAGUUCAAAUGGCUUCAUUUCUCGAGCGCGCUUCACCAGACCACCUUCUCAUAAUAUACUAUGCCGGGCAUGGAUAUGUCGGUGCGAAUAAUCAACUAUAUUGGGCAAGCAACACCAGGGAAGACGCCGCGCGAUUAAAAUGGAGUGGGAUUCGCUGUCUUUUCGAAGAAGCACAAUCAGAUAUGCUUCUAUUACUUGAUACUUGUAUUACCAAGGAGCUGCCUAUUCUUCACAGCAAGAACGUCAAGCAAGUUAUUGCUGCUAACUCCCCUGAAUAUAAUACCCGAGACCACGGCUUACGAUCGUUCACAUCUCAUGUCAUAGAGGCACUAGCCAAAUUAAGUAGCGGAAGGGUUUUCACAGCGGACAGUUUAUAUCACGAAAUCGCCAUUCAGAGACAUCACGAGUUGAUACAGGCAUCAGGUUUGACCAAUGGGGCUAGCAAGAACGUACCCUUCACCGAGAAGUUACCGGUAAUAUACACCCUAAGUCCCGGAAAGGGCGAAGGUCUCUGUCUAUUUCCCCUAGCCCCGACUACCGAGGCAGGCUUACCGUCUCCGCAAAUAGGUGCCGAUGGGGAUGCCCAAGUAUUAAGGGCAUCUCAGGAAGAUCCUAUCAUCCACCCAGGGGAGGUCGCGGAGUUAACUUUUGACGAACCACGAGUCCUGGUUUGCACGACUUUUGUUGGCGAAGCCAGUCCAGAUCUAUCAUCAUUUAAUCAUUGGAUCCAUAAUGCGCCGGCCAUUGCGUCAAAAGUUGCUGUGGAAGGCAUGUUCAUUGGGCCGCCUACUAUGCUUCUCAUAUCAAUGCCCCUCCCCGUCUGGAACGUGGUGCAGCAUGACAAGGUUUGCUGCUUUUUAGGAUACGUGAAUUCUCAUAAUAUGACACAUCUAUACAACCGCUUAGUUAGGACCGUUUCCGGAAACAAGGCUUCGGCAAAGGAUGUGGAAGAUGGCCGGAUGUUACUUGAGGCACGAGAAAUAGCAGUAAGUAGUACGCCGAUCACCCGACGACGUGAGCUCCCCACCCACGCCCAAUUACGUCCCGAGACACCAGUCCGUACGGAGGGCGUGGGGAGACUAGACCCAAUGCAUUUACCACAAUCUUCCAAUGCUUCUACUUUACCAUAUGCCAAUUCGACACCGGGUGUUGUGGUGUCCGCCAAGCAUGAAGUGGAGGAUUCCGCUGAGAUGCAGGAAGCCGCCGAGCAGCUCAAGGCCCUAAGCCAUGUUCGACCCGUAAGCAGCGGAAACGUUUCUGGUGCGCAUCCACAGUCAACACCUGUGGAUGGCGUGGCAGCUGCCAGACAUGACGGGAGUACUCCUCACGGGGCAAAUGAAUCUGGGGCAGAAUAUAGUCUCGAAAUUGUUACACCAUCGUCACGCCCCAAGCCACGACGCUCACUUCAUAAGCAAACCCCGAAGCAGGAAACUCGCUGUAACCUUUGCAGUCAUGCCCCCUUUAAAGAUUCUUCAUCAUUACGCAAACAUAUCGCCGCCGCCCAUACCCGUCCGUUCCCUUGUGCCUUUGCAUUUGCUGGGUGCACGAGUACCUUUGGAUCCAAAAACGAGUGGAAAAGGCAUAUUGCCUCUCAACAUUUGUGUCUCCAGUAUUAUCGAUGUACAACUUGCCGUCGGUCAAAGGGGAGCGAAUUCAACCGCAAGGAUCUCUUCACUCAGCAUCUUCGGCGUAUGCAUGCGCCCUUUGCAAUCAAGAAGGCUCUUGCCAAAGGUGAUAGUAAGUUACAGGUCGAUUGGGAAAAUCACGUGAGGGAAAUGCAACAGUCUUGCCUGGUGACGAGGAGGCAACCUCCACAGAGGUCAUCUUGCCCUAAGCCAGACUGUGCGACCAUCUUCGAAGGACCUACCUCGUGGGAUGAAUGGACAGAGCAUGUCGGUAGACAUAUGGAGAAGGGAGAAGCGGGGCGUCUUGGGGUUGAUCGUCUACUUGCAAAAUGGGCACUAGAGGAAGGCAUCAUCGAACGCAGAGAGGAUGGCGAAUAUCGACUCUGCAACGGAGUCGGUGGUGAUCCUGAGCGGGAGUCUGCGGGCAACAAUACCGAAUACCAUUCGGAUGGAAAUAAGCGAGAGCAAGAACAAGAACAAGAACGCGAGCUGGAACUAGAACGGGAGCGUGAACGGGAGCAAGAGCGGGAGCAAGAGCGGGAACGGGAGCGGGAGCGGGAACGGGAGCGGGAACGGGAGCAGGAACAAGAACGGGAGCAAAAACGCGAAAGAGAACGAGAGUUGGCACGGGAACAACAGCGCGAGAGAGAUAGGGAGAAGGAAAGGGAGAAAGAAAUGGUCCGAGACCGAGAUGAAGACUGCGACCGUGACCGCGACCAGGAAGACCGCACUAUAGUGGCAGCAAGUACGAUGGUGGAUAAAAUGGACGUGGACGAAUGACACGAAACUGUCGAUCCAUACGAAAGACACCGUUUAUAGCAGAGUGCCCAAAAGCAUGGAGAAAGGGAGUUAUAAUACAACCUCUGAAAGAGAGUAAG